AUGAUAUGGUUUUUAAUAAUAUUCAUUUCUUUUAUUAUUAUUCUUAUAUCGAGCCAUUCAAAAGUAGGCUUCCCUUUGAUUUUAGUAAAGAUUUUAAAUCUACUCCUCCAUAAUUUACGAAUUCUCCUUUCAAAAUAAGAGCAUUUUCAGCUUAAAGCACUGGUGUCUAGGAUAUUCUAAGGAUUGUAAAGGGGUUAGCUAAAUAAGUUAUAAAUAAAUAAUACUUUCUAAAAGGGCAUUGUUAGCAAAUAUAAAUUAGUAUAAAAUAUCUUAGUUAGAACGAAAAAUUAAUUGUUUGAUGAAAGUCUUAAACUAAAAUUAGUUCAUUUACUAUGUAAUCAUCUUAAUAUAUAUAUUAUAGAAUAAAUUAACAAGGAUAAAAAUAAGCCAACAGAAUAAGAAAAAUUAGUGAAUGUUCGAAUCUCUAUAGCCAAGACCAAUAAAGGGUUCAUAAUUAUAUUAAUAGGCAAAACUGCAUUAUAAGUUUAUGAAAAUGAAUAGGAUGUUAUAGAACAAGAAUAAUAUGUUUAGAAUUUGGUCGGUACUUAUUUUUAUAAAGGAUGA